AUGCCGCUACUGCCGGAUCACAACUACGACGUGAAAAAAAAAAGCUACGAUGCUUUGAUCAUUUCUGACAACGUUGUAAUUUGCACGGACAAAAUGGAAAGCCACUCCUUCUUUAGUGCUCAGUUCGUGGAUAUCUAUGCAGCUGGUAGCGGUGGCUUAAAGUUGUUCGGUUGCACCUGUGCCCAUCCUUAUAAUGUGCUGGAUGUUGAUUGGUGUGCAUAUGAGCGCAAUGCUCUGCUUUCUUGCUCAAUGGGUGACCCUGUGAAAUGCUGGGAUUUACGCGAUCUGCGUCGGCCUAGCCUGCAGCUGCAAGUGGUUGGUGGUGCCGAACAGGCGAAAUGGGCUCCCUUAACGUGUAAUUUGCUUUCCACCACACAUGGAACCGACUUGCGGCUCUGGGACAAUCGGGUAAGUCAGUUUUUCCGGAUGAAUGCCAAGAUACCAGUACGAACUCUCUCAGCACAUGUCCAAAAAGUGUCCUGUCUUGCUUGGCACCCAACAGAUGCCACAUGUUUUGUUACUUCUGGCUUGGAUGGCUAUAUAAAAGUAAUGACUUUUCAUUUUUUACGCGUUUUUAUGUUGCUAGAAUUGCUUGAAGUAAAUAUCCUCUUUGUAUAUUUGUCGACGAAUAUUUUAUACAGCCAUAACUGCUUUAAUGGCGAUAAGCGAUGCCAGUAUGGCUCAUUUCUUUGUUUCAACGACUCCCUGGUACUGUUACAUGGCCGGAAAUAA